AGCGUUACAUUUAAUAAAACACCGGAAAGACUAGCUCGUCAUCUUUUCUCUUUUGCACAUUUUUGACGAGUUUUCUCUUUAAUUUGAUUGUGUGAACAUGUUAAUUAAGUUUUAUAUCAUUUGGGACCAUAUCUCCAACUACAAGAAUCAUGAAUAAAUACCAGUCGAAAGAGGAAGGCGAACUUUCAGAUGAGGAUGAAAAUGGCAAAAAUAAAUUCGGUUUUUCCAGACCAACAAAUAUUUCCUCAGGAAUUUCAAACGAUACUACUUUUCAUACAGGAGGUACCGAUUUUGGAAAGUUAGGCAGACCUCAUAUCUACCAUAAAUUUACUGCACAUCCCAGUCAUAACAAAACACAGCAAUCAGUUGGCGUGUUGCCAAAUCCAAGGAACAUUUUGCCGCGCCCGGCUAUUUCUAACCAACAUGUCAAAACAGAAAAAGACAGAGCAUGUAUUGUAAUAAAAAACAAUGGUAGCCUUGGCUCAAACCGAAGUAGAAGAAAUUUUGAAGCUAGCAAUGUAGAACUGGCAUUAAAGUCUCCAUCAUCGAAGAUAUGGGACAACAGAAAACUGAGGUCGUCAAGAGAGAAACACCAGGAAGAAAUCAAAAGAGAAGAGGACAACUUUCAGACAUUGCUACAGGAGUAUAAAAACAUACAGGGACAACUGGCUUCUCUUAAACACCAAGAAGAUCUGUUGAAUGAGAUCGGUAAAUCUGAGAGAAAUGCUGAUCUUAGUGGAGAGACUGUUAAGCUAAAGAAUGGGGAGGGGACUUCACUGAUGAAAGACACUGCAGUGGCCAAGGAUAGAGAUAUAUCAGUGGUAGAAAAAGCUAAAACAGACAAAAGUACAGACAGAGAUCAUUGGACAGUUAACUUAGUCUCGUCACCAUUGGUCCAGAAAGAAAGUGUUGUGCCUUCAGAAACCAGUCCAAGUGCCACAGGAGAUGCUGCAUCUGUGUAUGAGAAACAAGUUGAAACCGUAAAGGUAGCGACAAAAGAAGCAGUCCAAGGUGAUGUAGAAGCCAAGGAAGAAGAGGAAGAUGAUGAUGAGUUAGAUUUGUUAGAGCUUAGACGUAAUGCCCUAGCUUCUUUACUGGCUGAAGAAACAGAGGCCGGGGAAAGUGAAAACUCUUCACAUGGAGGAGGAAAGCAAAGUGAUAAAUCUAGUAAAACAUUUACAAGACCAUCACUUGAUAAGGUGACCCCAAGACAAACAGAGAGACAGUCAAGUAGACGAAAUGUGUCAAAAUCACAAAACAGAAGCAGAAAUGGUAGUGAUGAGAGAGUUCAGAGACGUUCAAGGCUUUUACGAGCUAGAACCCCUGCUCUGAGAUCAUACAAGACAAGCACAUUCCAGCCUCGGAGACCUUCUUCAUAUAAGACAGAAGACAGGACAUCAAGGCGAACCAUUCCACCCCCUAGAAGUAGACAAAAUGGGUAUCAAUCAAGGUCAGAUCUAAGCAGUGGAAGAUCAAGGUCAACCAGUCAAGGGGAGCGUAAUGACUCUAGACGUAUUUCAUCAGAUCGUAAGGAUUACAUUGGAGACAAAAAUGACAUACAGAAAAUUCUCAGCUUGGAUGACCCAGAGGAGAAGAUUGCAAGACUUCUGUCCAUUCUGGAGAAUAACUUAUCGAAAGAAUCUGAAAAAAGAGCUCAAGAUAUCAAGAGUCCAUCGAAAGUUUUAGAUGGAGCAGAAUCAGAACCAACCCAGGACAACUAUGAGGAGGUUGAGAUGGAUAUAGAUAGUGAUCCCGAGUCCAGUGUUCCUGUGAACCCAGUGGAAGAGUUACAGUUUGAACCGGACUUUUACAAUGCUAUGCAACCCAUGUAUACGACUGUUCAACCAACAUAUGAUGGGUACGAUCCUACCUCUGGCUGGUCUCUACCAGGGCCAACAUACUCCGAUACUGUUGUACAUAUGUCAGCUCAACCCCAGCAGUACUUGCCUGCGCCAGUGAUAUCAUUCUCAGAUUCACACAUUCCCAUGAUGCCUUACAACCCUACCGUGUUUCAGGAUCCAAGUGGUCACUACCAGCUAAUGGAUCAGCAUACACUAUCUGUAAUUCCAGAUCAGGUCACGGUUCUUCCACCACCUCCCCCUCCACCGCUGCCAUGUGAACCCCCGCCAAAUCCACCCCUGCCUCCGUCAGAGACGCCACCUCUUCCCCCACCUUCCCCUCCACCAUUGCCGAGUGAAGCCCUACCUCCACUUCCACCAGAAGACGAUGAAGAAGUUAAUAUCCCAUAUACACAUGGUAUACCAAAUGCUGGGUACCAAACUGUUACAUUGGAUGCUGGGUACCAGGAUGUUAUAUCAGAUGCCGGGCACCAGGCUAAUCAGCAGUAUUUGAACUUCAACAAUAAUAGCCAUACCACUAGUAUUCAAGAAAAUUCUGACCUGGGUAGUCAAAACUCAUCUGAAUUACGUCUAUUUAAACUAGCUGGAUAUAAUCCAACCUCUCUUUCUGACAACUGGCAGGCUAGAAAUAAUGAAGUUUCUAACUUGGAUAGUAGUGAAGAGUUUCAAAAAUCAGCGUACAAUAUACCAGGAAGUGGUAGUGAAAGGUUUCCCAUUGCAGCAGCUGAGGCUGAUAAUGAAGUUGAUCAGGGUGAAGAGGAAGAGGCAGUGUUAAGGGCACAGUUGCUACAAUCAAUGGUUAAGAAAAUGAAAGAGAAACAAAAACAGCUGGAGGAUGCAAGCAGGAGUGAAAGUUCUUUGUCUAGAAGUCAGUCUCCCAGCUCGGUACCAGUCGUAAAACCAGCUAAACCUGUUACACAUAAACUGACAUACAGCAGGAUUCAUAUGGGAAACCUGCCUAUCCAUAAGCCAGUGAUUAUCAACCUUGGAGAAGACUCUUCAGAUGAGGAGGAAGAAAAGAUGCAGACAGCGCCAUCUGGUGUACAAAAACUACUGGGUGGGCUUGAUUCAUUCCUUAAAGAAGCUAGACGCUCUUCAGAGACUACUGGAAGUCAGUCACCAAAGAAGAUGGAUGCUGAAAAAAUUUUAGAGGUAAAGAGAAGGCAAGCUUUGAUAUCAAGGGUCCGACAGGAAGAAAUAAGUCUUCUAAAACAGAGUGACAGUAUUACCAAGGACCAAGGUUUACUAAAGACAUUAGUGAACCAGGCAUCAAAAUAUCUACAAAAUGUGAAGAUCUCUGAAGCAAAGGUGAAACAGUUGACAGAGCAGUUAGCUGCGGCUGAGAAAGUUGCCACUGCUAAUAAAGACAAUCUAGAAAAAGCCAAAAAACAGGCCAGACUGGUUAAAGACAGAUUAUUGAAGAAAAAGACAGAGUACGAGAACUUACAGAAGAAUUUGAUAGAAGCAGGACGUGAGCUAUACGGAGCGGAAUACAAGAUAGGAGCCCAGUUCACCCCUGCUAAAAGGGUUGUGCAAUCUACAGAUCUGCCUCUAGGCACUUCACAGUCUGAGAACAGACAGGCACUGACCAAGCCUGAUGGAAAACACAGAAUAAUAGAGAACAUGACAGUUACUAUUGAUAACACAUCUACAGUACAAGCAACAAAAAAUCAUGAUACUCCCACAGACCAGGAUUCCUUGAAGGAGGAAAAUAAAAUAGAGUCUUCUUCUGUCAUAGAAACCAAUAAAAUAGCUAGAAAUAUGAAUGAAAUUCUUAUCAAGAAACAAAAUUUGCUUGAAAAGAAGGCUUUGCUUGAAGAGCAAAGAAAAGUUAGAGAAGCAGAACAGAGAAAAAAUAGAGAAAUGAUCAGGAAAGCUAAAGAGGAAAAACGUUUGAAGAUAAUGGCACUAAGAUACGAAAUCAAACUGCGAGAGAUGAAGUUAAAACAUGCUGAAAUAGACAAGCAAAAGAUUGAAACCAAAGAAAAUACAGAAGUUGAUUCUGGAAAGAAAGAUUUAGGGAUGAAUAAAAGUGUAUUAAGGUUGGAAAAGAUAGAGCUGGGAUCUGAUCCAAUAGAUCUGACGAAGGAAUCGGAAGAAAAUGCACCAAAGAGACGUAGAUCUUUGCUGGAAUUAAAUCCAAGUACAAAGCCUGAUUUGCAAGUUAAAGCAGAGUUAAUAAGAAGUACGAGUGCUGAAAGUGCUCACAAUCAGUUUGAAAUAACAAUACCAGAGGGGAAAAAUCUGCUGAGGAUUUUGAAACUUCAGAAACAACGUGUUGAUGAAGAUCUGAAGGCAUUUUCUCACCUUUCUUCUGUCAGUCAUAGACUGAACAAGGAAUAUCCAGCACUGAUGCCAAAACAACAACAGUUGUCAAGUUUACAAGCAUAUAAAGCACCUGCCAAAGCAACCACGUCAAGUAUUUCCACACAGCCAACAGACUUUGUGUAUAAAAGUCCACUGCUGCACUUCAAGUCAUACAGAUUUAGUCCUUAUUUCCGCACCAAAGCUUGUAAGAAUUUGAUAUCCAGAUGUGUCGCAAACAAACUUCUGCCAAAGGUUGUCUUGUGUAGGUUUGAUUUGCAGGGGACGUGCAAUGAUGAAAAAUGUAAAGGGCAACACCAAAAACAGUAUUUACCAUUGGAUAGAGAGAUUUUGCUGGACAUUGUCUCAUACUGUCCAACUAUUGCCGGUGUACAGAAAGACACGCCUCCAAAGAAAGUCUUAAAAGUCAUGGGAGACUAUGUGGAUGAUAUGCUGAAACAAAACAAAGGAAGAUUCACUGUAGAUCAGAUGUGCCUGCUGUUAGUCAGUAAAAUCAAUGAACAUGUCAAACAUGUUCCACCACACACAAUGCUGUAUACACCACGUUUGUUUCGGCCUAAACAGGAUGAGAAACAGUUCGCCAAAUCUGAAAAUCCAUCAUUCAAACACACCAAAGAUAAUGAAGCAUUCCAGUUCCUUGCUCAUACUCAGUCCAGACCCGAGGACACAGUGAUACAGAGUGACGAAAGAAGAUACUUCUAUACUGAAGAUGGUGGGUCAGAGGUUCAAGACUUGGAGUCAUCGGUGCUAGCCUCACCUACUGAUACACAGCUCUGGCUCAAACUUGCAAACAACAAACUACAUAGUUCCCAUUUGUCCUCUGAAUCAAGUUUAGAGGAAGCCCUAAAUGUGUUAGCUAGGGCACUGGAAUCCAAUAAAGAUAGUUCAGUAUUAUGGUUAGAGUAUUUAACACUGUAUGCUAGACAUAAAGAAGCCACAGACUUCUCAGAUCUCUGUCAGAUGGCACUUCAGUAUGCACCAAGCUUUGAAAUUUGGUGGAAGUAUCUACAUAGCCUGGUAUCGUACACGGACAGGAAUGAAGUAUGUAGUGAGAUUGUCGACUACCUCUGCUCCAUACAGACCAAAGAUAACAUAAAUGCUGCAGUAUCUCAUCACUUGCUGGAGGUGAUGUUAUAUAAAACCAAUCUCUCCAUGAUGGCUGGUCAAUCACAAUAUGCUAAAAAUAUAUUACAGGGUUAUUUUGUGAAGAGUGAAGGUAAAUCAUCGUGUCAGUCAUACCUAACAGUGCUGGAUCGCUGUGUUCUAUGGUUAUGCUACAUACACGUGUUGUCAUGGCAACAGCUGCCUGAUGGAUUGUGGGAUAGUGCUUUAUCUGGGAAAAUAAUAAACAAGAAUGAUUUGGUACUUCCCUGGAAGAAACUUCCUCUUGGUGGUUUUACAAGGGACCAGCAGAUGGCACUACUACAGGAAGCUGUCAGUGUUUGUAUAACAAGCCAGGAACCAAGAAAUGCUGCAGCUCUCCAGGAAGGCUUGAUACUGUGUAGAAAUAUCAUUCACCUAUUGCAUUGUCAAAAUAAAUUAGAGGAGAUGUUGUCAGUAUGCAGAGAUCUGUUACAGAAGGACCAGUCACUGGUAGAUAUCUGGCUGAUUGUAGCCAACCUGUAUGCUGCCAAUGGAGAAAUAGAUGCCACCAUUCAGGUGUUCAAUGAUGCGCUAGAAGUGAAUCCGUUAUCUGCCAGAGUGUUCAGUAUUGCUGCUCAAUUUGGAGUCUCUCAUAAUGCUGAGUUUACAAUGACGUGUCUGGAACAGUGUCCACUGGGAUACUUCAGUCUGGAUGACAAAACUUUACCUGAUCCUCUCUCACUUUACUGUGUAUUAUUGAAUCAGACAGUAGCUCUAGGUUACACACCACCACCACUUAAAGAAGGUGUAUCAAAAGACCUCAUUUCUGAACAACAGACAGACAUCUGGCUUAACUACUGUUUAUUUUUGGAACAACGAAAGAAUUAUGCAGCUGUUGUAGAAAUGUUUGAGACAGCGUUGAGUUCUGUGACAAAAGCUUGUGAUAUUGGUAAAAUAUGGUCAGGGUAUAUAGCGUUCCAGUAUAGACAGUUACAAAAUAGUGCACAAAAUAUUACACAGCAAACUGUAGAGCAUCGCAAGAUGAACUAUUUGUUCCAUCGAUGUAUAAUCACCAUGCCUGUGAAGUUGCCACUUGAACACUGGAACAUUGAAACAGUGCUAGACUAUAGACCAGUUAACUCUGUGAUUGAAGGCUAUGUAUGUUACUUGUUACCGGAGCAACAGACAUUGACGUUGGAACGUGUAGUCAACAUGAUGCCCAAUAACAUCACACUAGUGUUAAGGUUGUGUGAGGAAUAUCUGCGACAUGGAGAUGACCAGAGAGCACUCAGUCUGUGUUAUCCUCUACUUUGUGAUGGGACACAAAAUACACACAUCUGGAAACUUGCAACAACUUUGGCCAUCAGACAAAGGUCACACACCCAGAUUGAGAAGUUGUUCCGGAAAGCAGUACAAACAGUGCCUUACAGUCUGAAUAUCUGGAAAGAUUAUUUGAUGUACCAGAUGACACUAGGAAAUUCAGGAAGGGAGACAAUUCAGGCCGUAUUGCAACACUGCAAUCUCCUAGGCUUGAAUAUGGAAGAGUUACUCAAAGUUAUCAAGUCUUGAAAAAGGCUUGGGGCUAUCCAUAGGGCUACCAAGACUUGUAGAUUUCCAAAGAUGGAAACUUAAUAAGUCUUGGUAGCUCUUAACUAAGUUAUUUCAUGCCAGAAAGGCAUCUAUGGGAUAUUACUUGGUAUUAACAUUUGGGAAUAACAAAAAGUCUUAGAAAUGGUAAGUAUAUAAGAUCAGUUCAGUAUUAAUUAGUGAGUGAACAAACUCAUUUUGAAAGAGAGAAAAACCCUAGUCAAUAUAUAUUUUAUAACUGAGCUGAUCUUUAUGAAACUUUUUUGUUGUGUUUAUUUAUUUGUGGUUAACAGUAUAUAGAGAAGAAAUAACAGACUUUAGCCAUAUGAUGACUGUACGCAUUGUUGGAGGACUUGUUUACAUCCGAAACUACAGAAAAACAGUUUAUCAUAGAAUGAGCAUGACUGAAAGCUGUAUCUGUAUGACAGUCACUUUAGCACCACUGACACUGGAUAAAAACAUGCAGGGCCAGGCUAUAUAGCAGGAUUACUAAGAAAGUAUCAAGUGCUAUAUUAUUUUUGGGUUUAACUUUUUGUUAUUUGACAUGUUCUGUGAAUAAUAUGUUUUAUUUUGAUAUUUACUAAUUAUUCUUGGGUAAUAAGUAAUUUCUCAAGUGCUCAAUACAUUUUACUUCUUUAUGAAAGCUGAUUAUUGAAUAGAUUUUAUAUAUAAAAGCAGUAUCGAAGUUUUCAGAAAUCAUUAAUGAAUCUAUUAAAAUGUUUUCUUUUGUAAAAUCUGGUACAUAUUUCAAAAUUCUUGUCUGUAUUCUUUAACCAUUACAGAUUUAUCAGUAUUACAAUUUGUGAUAGUAUGUUUCUAUUCUUUUGUUAUUAUGAGCUGCGCCAUGAGAAAACCAACAUAGUGGGUUUGCGACCAGCAUGGAUCCAGACCAGCCUGCGCAUCUACAGUCUGGUCAGGAUCCAUGCUGUUCGCUUUCAAAGCCUAUUGCAAUGAGAGAAACUGAUAGCGAACAGCAUGAAUCCUGACCAGACUGCGCAGAUGCGCAGGCUGGUCUGGAUCCAUGCUGGUCGCAAACCCACAAUGUUGGUUUUCUCAUGGCACGGCUCAUAUUGUUUUGAUGGCAAUAUUCUGUUUUAAUUUUAUGUAAAAUUCAAGGAAGCAAUUUCCAGUUAAUGCUUUAUUUCCUGAAUUCUAGUAAAUUAAAUUCAAUUUGUUGACACUAAAAUGUAUGUUUUGUCAUUGAAAAGCGUCGAUUACAAAAACAAUUAAUAUGGAAAUUGCUUCUUUGAGUUUCAGAUAUAUACAUGUAUUUAUUCUAUGCAUAAUUAUGCAUGUUCAUCUGUUUAUGGUGGAGUAACCUUCUGUACAUAAAUUCUUGUCAAAAUAAAUUGUUGUUUACAAAAGUUUAA